AUGGCGACGGGAGGACGUAACGAACUCUCGCGCGCGCGCGACGACGACGACGCGCGCGCGACGCGCGAGAUCGAGCUCGCGACGCUCGCGCGCGACGACGACGACGACGGCGACGGCGGCGGCGACGCGCCGGCGCGCGAUCGGCGCGAGGCGGACGCGGGACGAGCCUGGCUCGGGACGACGGCGGCGUGCGCGUUCGCGGUGGCGACGUGCUACGCGGACCGCUCAAACAUUUCGACCGCGAUCGUCGCGAUGAAGGAUGGGUUCGGGUGGGAUAAAUUCGAGGAAGGGUUGGUGCUGAGCGCGUUUUUUUACGGAUACGGGGCGACGCAGAUCGUGGGAGGACGGUGGGCGGAUCGAGCGGGCGGGAAGACGACGCUGGGUUGGGGCGUCGCGGCGUGGUCGGCGGCGACGGCGCUGACGCCGGCGGCGGCGCGCGCGGGGAUCGCGCCGUUGAUCGCGAUGCGGGUGAUUUUGGGCAUGGGUGAGGGUUUGGCGUUUCCGGCGUGUCACGCGCUCAUCGCGAGAGAGGUGCCGAGGGAGAAGCGGUCGACGGCGGUGGCGGCGGUGACUGCGGCUUCCUACGCGGGCGCGGCGUUCGCGUUCGCGGUGACGCCGGGAUUAGUGAGCGAGUUCGGAUGGCCGAGUGCGUUUUAUAGCUUUGGCGCGAUCGCGCUGUUGUGGGCACCGUUUUGGUUCGCACUUCCGGACCAUCGCGAGCCGCGCGGCGUAGACGAUGAAAUCGAAGACGCGGAGACGAGACGAUUCAUCGCGGAAUCGAGCGCCACGGCGACGAAGCCGCCGGCGUCGUUCGCGAUUUGGACGGAGCUGAUACGUCGCAAGGAAGUGCGCGCGAUUUGCGUCGCGCAAUUCACGCAGAGCUGGGGCAUGUACGGCCUUCUGAGUUGGCUGCCGACGUACUUUAACGAGGCGCAAGGCGUCGAUUUGGCCGACCUCCCAGCCUUCACGUUCGCGCCGUACAUUCUUCAAGGCGUCCUCGGAUUCGGCGUCGGUAUCAUCGCAGACGACCUCAUUCACAACAAAAACGUGCGGGUGAAAACGGUGAGACGCGCGGCGCAGUGCGCCGGCACGCUCGGCCCCGCGCUGUGCCUCCUCGUCGCCGCGUCGCCGCUCGCCGAAGGCAACGCCACGCUCGCCGCCGUCGCCGUAGACCUCGGUCUCGCGCUCUCCGCCCUGACACUCGCGGGCGUGAGCGUCUCGCAUCUAGACAUCGCGCCUCGACACGCCGGCAUGGUCUUCGCCACCGGCAACACCGCCGCCACGCUCGCCGGCGCGCUCGCCGUGCCCGUCAGCGGCGCCAUCCUCGACGCCUCCGAUUCCUGGUCCUUAGUCUUCGCCGUCAUCGCCUUCGUGUACGUUUCUGGCGCUAUUUAUUGGUACGUCAACCUCGGCGAUCGCGAGUUGACGUUGGACGCGGACGCCCGCGACGCGCUAUACCCGUAG